AUACCGUUGUCGUCGACGAACGAAGACUUGCAGCCUAUGCUUGCUGGGAAAAGGCGUGUCAUUGCCCUCAAUAAGCAAGAUUUGGCUAACCGCAACCUCAUGCAUAAGUGGAUUAGUUAUUUCAAUUCACGUAAACAAGAGUGCCUCCCAAUAAAUGCACACAGUAGAAGUUCUGUACAUAAGCUUCUUGAUCUGGUUGAGUUCAAACUGAAGGAGGUUAUGACAAGGGAACCUACUCUCCUUGUCAUGGUGUUGGGUGUUCCUAAUGUUGGCAAAUCGGCUCUAAUCAAUUCCAUCCAUCAAAUUGCAGUAUCUCGAUUUCCAGUGCAGGAGAAAACGAAGAGGGCUAGAGUGGGGCCUCUGCCUGGUGUUACUCAAGAUAUUGCUGGAUUCAAGAUUGCGCAUCGACCUAGCGUCUAUGUUCUGGACUCUCCAGGAGUGUUGGUCCCAAGUAUUCCAGACAUAGAAACCGGGCUAAAGCUGGCUCUUGCAGGGUCUGUGAAAGAUUCCGUAGUUGGAGAAGAGCGAAUUGCUCAAUACCUAUUAGCAGUUUUAAACACUCGAGGAACUCCGCUUCAGUGGAAGCACUUGGUUGACAGGGAAACUAAGGACAUUCACCAAGAGUUGGAAGACAAACCUGAAUCUGUUAUCAAGGAUCUUCAAAACAAGGGAAAGAAGCCCAUGAACAAAUCUAAUGCCUAUCGAGUUCAGGAUAUGGUAAGUGAAGUCCAACGCGCACUUUGCAUCAGCCUGUCGGAGUUCAGUGGUAGUUUGGAAGAUGAAUCUGACCUGGAGAUUCUAAUAGACAACCAGUUUGAAGUGUUGCAGAAGGCUCUGAAGAUACCUCAUAGGGCUUCAGAGGCUCGGAUAAUGGUAUCAAAGAAAUUUCUUACUUUAUUUAGAACGGGGAAAUUAGGUCAGUUCAUCCUAGACGAUGUUCCUGAUGCCUCUGAUUCUGUAUCUUGAAAUCAUCUUAUCUGCAACUGAAAGCCAAAGUCUGUACCAUAGUGUAUUAUCAAUUUUCUUUUGGUAUCGCAUUCCUAUACCACGAUCUAAUUCUCAA